AAGAACACUUACCAAAAAAAAAGAGAACACUAUAAUAUAAUGCCCACCUCAUUGGCAUUGCAGAUAAGAAAAGAAAACAAUAUUCCUCUCUUGGCCGCCUCAAAACACUCUUCAAAAUCUCUCUCUCUCUCUCUCUCUCUCUCAAGUAGUAGUAAAAAAUAAGUACUACUACUAGUAGUAGUAUCUUUCUCGGUGCAGUGUAGUCUAGUAGCAUCAUCAUUCAUCAGGACAGAGAAAAACAGAGAAAAACAGAGAACUCUGUUUCUCUUUCCCGUUGCAACUAUUGUCUAUUACAGCCUGCAAUAAGCAGGAAGUGUUUCGCUGUGUUCUGUUUUCUCUGUUCUUCUUCAGUGUCUCACCUUUGUUUGGAUUUGAAGAUAAAUAUAACAAAAAAUGCAACAGCACCUGAUGCAGAUGCAGCCUAUGAUGGCAGCUUACUAUCCCAACAACGUCACCACUGAUCAUAUUCAACAGUAUCUGGAUGAGAACAAGUCCUUAAUUCUGAAGAUUGUUGAAAGCCAGAACUCUGGCAAGCUCACUGAGUGUGCAGAAAACCAAUCAAGGCUGCAGAGAAAUCUCAUGUACCUAGCUGCAAUAGCUGAUUCUCAACCUCAACCACCAACCAUGCCUGGUCAGUAUCCUUCAAGUGGAAUGAUGCAGCAGGGAGGACACUACAUGCAAGCUCAACAAGCUCAACAGAUGUCACAACAACAACUAAUGGCUGCACGUUCCUCGCUUUUGUAUGCUCAACAGCUUCAGCAGCAACAAGCUUUGCAAAGCCAACUUGGUAUGAAUUCCAGUGGAAGUCAAGGUCUUCACAUGUUGCAUAGUGAUGGCACUAAUGUUGGAGGGAAUUCAUCUUUAGGUACUGGAGGAGGUUUUCACGAUUUCGGUCGCAGCUCGACAGGUGAUGGUUUAAAUGGUAAGCAAGACAUUGGAAACACUGCUGAUGGCCGUGGUGGAAGCUCUAGUGGUCACUCUGGUGAUGGCGGCGAAACCCUUUACCUGAAAUCUUCUGGUGAUGGAAAUUAAUUAUCAAGAAUGGUAUAAUUAGUUAAUGCCUUUUAGUUAGAAGGAUUAGGCAAUUAAUAUUAAGUUAAUCAGUAGAAGGAUAAACUUGGUUUUUAGAGUUAAUUAAGAUGUUAUGUUAUGUUUGUUUGUUUGUUUUAUGUUUGAAUUAAAAGGCAAUGAAUCAAAACAUUGCCUAUGUAGUAUCUGUGUACUAGUACUAGUAACUUUAUGCAUGUUUUACUUGCUUGUGUAAAGUCUCUUCUAGAAAAGGUGGCUGUUCACCAUUUCAAGGUCAACAAUUCUUCUUCCACUCAUGUUUUUUAUGUUCUUUUUCCGGUAACAAUCUCGCACUUUGACGA